AUGGUGGUUGGCACGGCGAAACUACAGCUCCCAGCAGGCUCUGAGCAGGCGCAUGCGCAAGGAAGGACUCGCGCUCUCAGCCCAUGUAAAGACCAUUUUAAUCAAACUUCGAGUUAAAGAUAGCUCAGUCAGUUCCUCCAACCCAAGAGCUGGCUGGAGAAAUGCGCAUGCCCUAUCCAGACUUGUACUUUGUGGCAGUCUCGUAAGACCAGGUGAAAAAUGGGUAAGGAACAGCUUGACAUUCAGUUCAGGAAGAAGAUGCAGGCAUGGUAAGAGGUUACCUUGCAGAAGGAACGUGGCUUGAGAAACUUCAUGUGAAAUCCACACUGUUAACCGUGCCAUCAAGAUUUGUAGACUGAAAGCAUUUCUUCUCUAGUUCACCUCUAAGUCAAUAUCAAGAUACUUUCAGAAUGUCUAGCAAAGAAGUGAAGACUGCUCUAAAAAGUGCAAGAGAUGCCAUCAGAAACAAAGAAUAUAAAGAAGCUUUGAAACAUUGCAAGACAGUGUUAAAACAAGAGAAAAAUAACUAUAAUGCCUGGGUUUUUAUUGGUGUUGCUGCAGCUGAGCUAGAGCAGCCUGAGCAGGCCCAGGGUGCCUAUAAGAAAGCUGCCGAACUGGAGCCAGAGCAGCUACUCGCUUGGCAGGGGCUAGCAAGUUUGUACGAGAAGUGUAAUCACGUAAAUGCCAAGGAUGAUUUACCUGCUGUUUACCAGAAGCUGUUGGAUCUCUAUGAAAGUGUUGACAGGCAGAAGUGGUGUGAUGUCUGUAGGAAGCUCGUGGAUCUGCAUCACCAGGAAAAGAAAUACCUAGAGGUGUCUCGGACGUGGUAUAAAUUGAUAAAGACACGGCAAGAAGAUGGAGCAGAUAAGCAAGAGCUUCAUGAGUUGUGGAGAAAAUUGACACAGUUGCUGUCUGAGAAUAUAGAAGAUCAGAAUAAUGAAACACAGCAGAUGCUUUUAACUGCCUUUGAGAAUGCACUGGACUUAGCAGAGAGUAUUCCCAGUGAAGAUCACCAAGCACUUUACAGGCAUUUCAUUGAGUGCUUAUCUAAAAUUCCUCACGAGACAACUAGGUUGAAGAAGGCCUGUGAAGAAAUGAUAACUAUCUAUCCUACCGCACAGUAUCCACUAGAAGUGAUUUGUUUGUACUUAAUUGAGUCAGGGAGUCUGAUAGAUGAAGGACAGCAAUAUUGUUGUAAGCUAGUGGAAAUGAAUCCAAAAAGCGGUCCAGGCCUCAUUGGCUUAGGUGUUAAAGCUUUACAAAACAAGAAGUAUGAAGAUGCCGUUAAUCACCUAACCGAAGGCCUGAAAGAAAGCCCUCUCUGCAUAACUGCCUGGUGUCAUCUAGCGGAAGCCCAAGUCAAAAUGCACAGACCCAGGGAAGCCAUUCUUUCUUGCAAUCAAGCUCUGAAGACUAUAGAUAAUGUCGGUGCGUCAGGUGCCCGUCUUCAUCAGAGGAAUCUUUGUCUUCGUCUGAAAGCAGAAGCUCUGCUUAAACUCUCCAACUGUGAAUCUUGGGAGGAAGCAGUUCGCACUCUUGGUCAGGUUUCGGGUGCAGAUAAGACCCCUGGACUGCUGGUUCUCCAAGGCCUGGCUCAUCUGAACAUGGGUGCUGUAGGUGAGGCUAUGAAGAUCAUGGAAGACCUUUUAGCCUCUCACCCUGACCUAGCCAAAGUUCAUGCUCUUAAGGCUGCGGUUCAUUUUACUAAGAAGGACUACCUACAAGCAGAAACAUGUUUCCUGAGAGCACUUGAGAAAGAUGCUGAAGUUGCUGAAUAUCAUUACCAGCUUGGGUUGACAUACUGGUUGAUGGGUGAAGAAACAAGGAAAGAUAAAGCAAAGGCUCUUACUCACUUCCUGAAGGCUGUGAGACUGGAUGCCUACAUGGGUAAAGCUUUCUGCUACCUAGGCCAUUAUUACCGAGAUGUGGCUGGAGACAGAAGCAGAGCCCGAGGGUGUUACAGGAAAGCUUUUGAAUUAGAUGACACAGAUGCUGAGUCUGGAGCUGCAGCAGUUGACCUCAGUGUGGAGCUGGAAGACAUGGAAACUGCUUUAGGUAUCUUAACAGCAGUAACUCAAAAGGCAAGUGCUGGAGCAGCAAAGUGGGCCUGGCUUCGGCGAGGACUCUACUAUUUGAAAGCUGGUCAACAUUCUCAAGCAGUGUCUGAUUUACAGGCCGCUUUAAGGGCAGACCCAAAGGACUACAAUUGUUGGGAGUCAUUAGGAGAGGCAUACUUAAGCAGAGGUGGCUAUACAACAGCCUUGAAGUCCUUCACAAGAGCCAGUGAGCUGAACCCAGACUCCACAUACAGUGUGUUUAAAGUGGCAGCAAUACAGCAAAUCCUGGGCAGGUACACGGAGGCCAUUGCUCAGUAUCAGCUGAUCAUUGAAAAAAAAGAGGACUAUGUGCCUGCCUUAAAAGGAUUGGGCGAAUGCUACCUGAUGAUGGCCAAGGCGGCCUUAGUGGACUUUCUGGAUGGAAAAGGUGUUGACUACGUGGAGAAAGCACUGGAAUAUUUCACUUGGGCCCUGCAGCACCGAGGCGAUGUGUCUUGCCUGUGGAAGCUCGCUGGGGACGCCUGCACCAGUCUGCAUGCUGUUUCACCAUCUAAAGUGCGUGUACGUGUCUUAGGCGUCCUUCUCGGUCAGCAAGAAGGAAGAGAAGUAUUAAAGAAAGAUGAGCUCCUGCAUCUCGGAGGAAGGUGUUAUGGUCGAGCAUUAAAGUUGAUGUCUACAUCGAAUACAUGGUGCGAUCUUGGAAUUAAUUACUAUCACCAAGCACGACAUUUGGCAGAAACCGGCAGCAACAUGAAUGACCUUACAGAGUUACUGCAGAAAUCUUUGCAUUGUCUGCAAAAGGCAGUGAGACUGGACAGUGAAAAUCACCUAUACUGGAACGCACUUGGUGUGGUCGCAUGCUACCGUGGUAUUGGAAAUUAUGCCCUUGCUCAGCACUGUUUCAUCAAAUCAAUCCAGGCAGAACAAAUUAACGCUGCUGCUUGGACCAACUUAGGAGUGCUCUACCUCGCGACUGAAAACAUUGAGCAAGCUCAUGAAGCUUUCAAAAUGGCUCAGUCCCUUGAUCCAUCUUACUUAUUGUGCUGGAUUGGACAAGCUCUUAUUGCAGAGAGAAUUGGAAGUUAUGACACCAUGGAUCUCUUCAGGCACACUACAGAGCUCAGUAUGCAUACUGAAGGAGCAAUAGGUUAUGCAUAUUGGGUUUGUACAACUUUACAAGAUAAAAGCAACAGAGAGACAGAGCUUUACCAGUACAACAUCCUACAGAUGAAUGCUGUCCCUGCAGCACAGUGCGUUCUCUGCAAAUAUGUGGGAAGAAUUCAGAAUUACGCUCCAGCUUUCUCAAUGUUGGGUUAUUUAAACGAGCAUCUGCAGUUGAAGAGGGAAGCAGCAGAGGCAUACCAAAGGGCAGCUGCGCUGUUACGAUCUGCCGAAGACCAACAUACUUACAAUGUUACAGUGAGAAACUGGGGCAGAUUAUUAUGCUCCAUUGGUGAAUAUGACAAAGCUAUCCAGGCCUUUAAGUUAACACCCCUUGAGGAACUGGAGGACCUCAUAGGUUUUGCACUGGCAUUGUUUAUGAAGGGACUAUAUAAGGAGAGCAACAAAGCCUAUGAGAGAGCCUUGAGUGUUGUUAAAUCAGAGCAAGACAAAGCUCAUAUUCUGACAGCUCUGGCAAUAACAGAAUACAAACAAGGAAAAAUGGAUGCAGCUAAGUCGUUGCUUUUCAAAUGCUCUAUUUUAAAGGAAGCGACCACAGAAAGCCUUCAGGCACUGUGUGCUCUAGGGUUGGCAGUGCAGGACGUCACACUGUCAAAAGCAGCACUUAAUGAGUUACUGAAGCAUAUCAAACACAAAAACGAUUAUCACAGAUGCCUUCUCACGUCAGCAAUUUAUGCACUCCAAGGCCGCAGUGUGGCAGUGCAAAGGCAGGUGUCCAAGGCUGUCCACAGUAACCCUGCUGACCCUGCUCUUUGGUCCUUGCUAUCUCGAGUUGUUGCUCAGUAUACUCAACAGAAUGCAAAGGGAGGGGCUGUAGCUGGCAGUGUGGCUCAUAUUCUGGAUUCAAAUCAUGGAAAGAAGGCAUUGUUAUAUACUGCAGUAAACCAGUUGGCCAUGGGAAGCAGUACAGCAACAGAGGAAAAUAUUGCUCUAAAGACCAUUCAAAAGGCAGCUUUUCUUUCUCCAGAUGACCCUGCUGUCUGGGCUGGGCUGAUGGCAGCCUGCCAUGCUGAUGAUAAACUGGCUUUGGUCAGCCACUCGCAGCCAAAAAGAGUAGAUCCGUACUUGGCAUUGCUUUCUGCUGUGUCUGCCUCACUUAAGAACACAGAAAUCUUGCAGAGUUACAACCAGUCACUUGAAAAGUGGUCUCUCUCACAAGCUGUCACUGGUCUAGUAGACACAGGAAAAACAUCUGAAGCUGAGUCUCUGUGCACAAAGAAUUUAAAAAGUAACCCUGAUCAGCCCGCUAUAAUCUUACUGUUAAGACAAGUUCAGUGUAAAUCACUCCUGGAGUCUCAAAAGCCCCUCCCAGAUGCUGUACUGGAAGAACUGCAAAAAACAGUCAUGUCCAAUUCUACUUCUGUUCCUGCAUGGCAGUGGUUGGCACAGGUGUAUCAGUCCCAAGGAAUGAUGGGUGCUGCAGAGAUGUGUUACAGAAAGAGUCUACAGGUGGCAUCCCAACAGGACAGUUGGAGUGGGAAGCUCUCCAGUCUGUUGAAGCUGGCACUGCUUGCGCUGGAAGUGUGCAUGGCUAAUGUUUCAGGUGAUCACUGGUCGUCCUUGGUUCAAGAGGCCACAAGUGAGGCCUUGAAAGUUUGCUUUUGUCCUCUGGCUGUCUUCUUGCAAGCUUUGUUGCAGUUCAACCGUAAGAUGGGAGCAAGAGAGACGCGGAGACUUUUGGAGAGAGUAGUAUACCAGCCUGGAUACCCCAGCUCAAUUGUAUCAACUGCACGUUGGUACCUCUUGAGACACCUCUAUGCGAAAGAUGACCAUGAGCUCAUUGACGUUUUGGUGAAGAAUGCGGAGACUCACGGUGAUAAAAGAACCUUGGAACUGAAUCAGAAGCUGUCCACACAGUAAUCGUGGAUUGGGAGGCAGCAAGGAAUCGAAGAUAACACUUAGGAAUGAAGCAGUAAAUCAAGAGUUCUCACCAGAACAAUGUAUUUUAAAACUGUAGUUGUAUCAGCUGGGCGUGGGGGUGCGCACAUUUAACCCCAGCACGUGGGAGGCAGGAGUAGGUGGAUCUCUGUGAAUUCCAAGCCAUCCUGAUCUACACACAUUCCCAGGCCAGCCAUCAGUACACAGUGAAUCCCAUCUUGAAAAAAUAAAAACAAAUAAAUUUAAAACUAUAGUUUUAAUCAUC